UUCAUUAGUUUUUAGAGUUAGUUGGCCAGUUUAUUUAAUUAAUUAGUGUAUAGACAUGUAAUGUAAUGUGGUUAAUAAUCAUUAAUGCAAGGUAAAUAAGUCCAAGUUAAUAGCUGCUAAUUACUCAAGGAAGGGGAAAAGUUUCAAAAAAAUAAAUAAAAGGGGCAGCAUGUUUGUCUAGACGUUUAAUAAUAUAAUAUAACAUUUUUUUUUAAGAGAGUACACUGUUUGUUUAUAAAUGUAUUGUGUUGUGCUUUAAUAUGAUCAGUUCUCUAAUAAAGUUGUUUGUUUCAACUUUCAACAAUGGCUUCUUCUCCUACUGCUCCCCAUUUUUUCAAGAUUAUUCUUCAACAAACUCAUCUGAACAAGCUUCAAAUUCCUUAUGGAUUUUGGGUGAAAUACUGUGGCUGUUUACCAAGUCAAGUAUUUCUUAAAGUACCUUGUGGAUCAAUAUGGGAGGUAGAGUUGACAAAAAGUAAUGAUGGAAAAGUAUGGAUGGAAAAGGGUUGGGAUAAAUUUGCACUACAUUUUUCUUUAAGCCGUGGAAAUUUCUUAGUUUUUCGAUAUGAAGGAGACUCUCAUUUCCAUGUUAUCAUAUUUGACACAACCAACACGGAGAUAGAUUAUCCUCAUAGUCCUAACCAUUUUGAAAAGCAGAAUGUUCAUAUUGAUGAUGAUGAUGAUGAUUCUAUUCAAGUCUUGGACAGUUUUCCAAGGAAUCCUAAAACCAGGGACAAGUCUCCAAUACCAUGUUCUCGGCCCCAAAAGAAAAUGAGACCAAGUGUUCCUGUUAUGAAAAAUGGAAGCUUAUCAAGUAAAGUAGACAAAUCUACCCCGAAAAGAUACCAGAAACCGUCGCCUGUCUACAGAAACACCACAGCUCUUGAAAGAGCCAAACUCUUUGAGUCUGACUAUCCUUUCUUUGCUGUUAUUAUGAAAAAAUCAUAUGCAACUGGUCAGAGAAAUUCUCAACAUAUACCACGCUGGUUUGCAAGAACAUAUAUUUGUAAGAAACAAUGUGAAGCUAGCCUUUGGGUUUCAAAUGGCGAAUCUUGGUCUGUUCAUUACAAAGUCAUAGGUGGAUCAAAAGCAGCCCAAUUCGUUCAUGGAUGGAAAGCAUUUGCAGUGGAUAAUAGUUUGGAAGUUGGUGAUAUUUGCAGAUUUGAAUUGACUAAUAGUUAUGGCAAUGAAAUUUCAUUUAGAGUUUCCAUUGUUAAGUGUGAUGAUGAUGCGUACCAUGACUUAGCUGCAGAGAUAGCAGCUACACCAUCCAAGAGAAAUGUGAAACUUGAUUCUUCUUCUCCAAGCGAUGAUUCUUCUUUUGCGAGUGAUGAUGAAUCCAGCAUCCUUUCACCGAACAUAAUUUCAGAGAAAGAGCAAAAGAAAACUAUUGUUGAAGAUUCAGAUAAGUCCGCAAAGUUGAUGUCCAAAGCAAACACUGGAAACAAAGGCGCUUAUAAGAAGCCUUCAUCUUCUGAAACAACCAACACUUUCAGCUCAAAAAAUGGUAGCCACAAAGUGGUUUUGAGACCAAGUCACUUGAAAAGACAUAAACUAAAUAUUCCAAAACAUUUUGCAAGGCAACACUUUAAGGACAAGACACAGACUUUGACUCUUUGGGUUGGUGUGAGAUGUUGGCAUGUGAAGUUUUUGGUUUGUAGAGAAUCUUCUUUUUCUGCUGGAUGGAAGGAAUUUACAAGAGCGAACUCUCUAAAGCCAGGAGAUGUUUGCAUCUUUGAGGUGAUUAAUAAGAACCAGUCUGAGCUGAAAGUUACCAUUAUUAGAAAAACUGGUGAGAAUUCUUCUUUUGAGAGUGAUGAUGAAUCCAGCAUGGUUUCACCAAACAUAUUUUCAGAUAAAGAACAAGAGAAAAUUGUUGUGGAAGAAGAAGAUUCAGAUACAGAUGAGUCCACCAAGUUGAUAUCUAAAGUUAACACUGGAAACAAAGGCACUAAUAAGAGGGCUUCAUUUUUCGAAACAACCAGUCAUUUCUUCUCGGAAAAUCCUAGCCUCAAAGUGGAUUUGCGACCCUUGCACUUGGAAGGACAUAACCUAAAUAUUCCAGUGCAUUUUGCAAGGCAACACCUUAAAGAUAAGACUCAAACUAUGACUCUUUGGGUUGGUGAGAGAUGUUGGGAUGUGAGGUUAUUGGCUCAUAGAAAAUAUUUUUCUUUUUCUGCUGGAUGGAAGGAAUUUACAAGAGACAACUCCCUAAAGCCAGGAGAUGUUUGCAUCUUUGAGUUGAUUAAGGGCAACCAAUCUGAGCUGAAAGUUACCAUAAUCAGAAAAAGUGCUUCAAAAAUAUCAACUGCAACACCAUCCAAGCGAAAUGUCACGCUUGAUUCUUCAUUUGCUGGAAACAAUAAAGCUAGAAACAUUUCACAGAACAUAAUCAAAAAGAAAGACAGAGAGAAAGUUAUUGCUGAACUUUCAGAUAAGUCCACUAAUCUGAUAUCUGAAGCAAACACUGGUAAUAACCAAGACAGGCCUUCUUCAUCUUCAUCUAAAUUUUCAGUGGUUAAGAGAGCUUUUGAAGUAGCUAGCCAUUUCUUUUCAAAAAAUCCAAGCUUUAAAGUGACUUUGCAAUUAGAUCAUUUGCAUCGAGGAUAUAAUCUGCCUAUUCCAUUGGAUUUUGCAAGCCAUUAUUUUGAGGAAAAGACAGAAACUAUUAGUCUUUGGGUUGGUGAGGAUGAAUACAGGCAUGAUGUGAAGUUAAUUGUUGAUGGAUCAGAAUAUAAAUUUUCUACUGGAUGGGCUGAAUUUGCAAUGAAUAACUGUCUUCAUCCAAGAGAUACAUGCAUUUUUGAGCUAAUUAAGAGGAGUAUUCAACCUGAGAUGAAAGUUAACAUAUUUAGACAACAUGUUUUAUACUUUUGAGCUAAACUACUGAAACUCAAGUUAACUAAUUAUUUAAGAAUUGUUAGUGCAUAUAUAAUGAUCACUCUUCUGUGAGAAAUGUUACUGGUGCCACUGUUAGUUAUUAAUAGACUUCUGAACUAAAUGUUUUGUUGCUACUAGUUUUUAUUUUUUAAUGCAUAUUUCGAGUGGAAGGAUGGCCUUGAUAUACGUGGCGCCUAAGCUCCUGAAGUACAACGCAAGAAAGACGGAAAAUGCUUACUCUGGCAUUAAUAUGCUCAUCUAUUUAGUGUCAUUUUUGUUUU